CGAGGAACCACCGCCUCUUUUUGCUGGUUUGAGCAUGGUUUGACCCAGGCUAUUCUAAUCUGUACUUUAUCAUUUUCUGGUCGAACUCGUACAUGCCACUAUAUCGAGAUUUUGAACCUUGGAGGCAUCCUGGGCUUCGUCCUUGGACUUAUUUCUAGCCCUGAGCGGGCCUGGUGCUCUUAGUUGUCCCGACCAUAAAAGUCCUACUGUCCAGGCAAGAUCUCUGGUUGUCCAUCCCCAGCUUUGUGCCAUCAUGGAACACAAUCUUCGUCAGCGGAAGCAUGUGAAUCCGACAGCUUCUUCUGUGAGCAACGAGUCUCAUGCUUAUACUGAUGCUGAGCCGCGCUUGAAGCAUGGCCUCGCCAUGCAAAUAUUCCGCUCCCUCUUGCUCGCAACAUGGUUCAACUGCUGUUGCGUCGCCAUCUUAGCAACACAAGUCAUUGGCUCCCCACUCUAUCUGAUCAACAAGGAUUACUACUAUGCGUACAUGGCGUACACCAAGCAAUCAUUUGGACUAGUGAUCACGGCUCUUACACAGUGGGGUUGUCCAACAGUCGUGCGCGUUAGCGGAGACAAGAGCGUGCGGAAUCAGAUUCACCUGGCGGAGGAUGGACGGUUACGAACGGACUUUCCAGAGCGACUUGUGAUGAUCGCUAACCAUCAGGUUUAUACGGACUGGAUUUAUUUGUGGUGGGUCGCAUAUACGAACCAGAUGCACGGCCGCAUCUUCAUCAUUUUGAAAGAAUCCCUCAAAUACAUCCCUAUUAUCGGGCAAGGUAUGACUUUCUAUGGCUUCAUCUUUAUGGCCCGGAAGUGGCUCUCGGACAAGCCGCGGCUCCAACAUCGUCUGGAGAAGUUGAAGACGCAGCACUCGGGAUCUCAGUCGAGUUCGCCACAGUAUGAUCCCAUGUGGCUGCUGAUCUUCCCCGAGGGAACGAAUCUGUCAAUCAAUACCAAACGGCGGAGCGCAGAAUACGCGGCGAAACAAGGGCUUCCAACUCUGCAAUAUCAAAUUAUUCCCCGGUCGACUGGCCUCUUCUUCUGCCUGCAGCAACUGCGGGGCACUGUUGAAUGGGUUUACGACUGCACUGUAGCCUACGAAGGACCUCCAAAAGGCAGCCUACCCGACAAGUACUUCACGCUUCGGUCAACGUAUUUGCAGGGCCGACCACCAACCUCUGUUAACAUGCAUUGGAGACGCUUUGCGGUGGCGGACAUUCCACUUGACAAUCAGAGCGAGUUUGAUGCCUGGAUCCGAGCUCGCUGGGCCGAGAAGGACCAACUUUUGGAAGAAUGGUUUGAAACCGGCCGAUUCCCGACUGAAUUGGGAGGCUCUAUUGUUGUUGGCACUGGUACCCCAGCGCAGAAAUCUGCGGCGGCUACCGGAUAUGCUGAGACCCAUGUUCGACUAGGGCACUGGACUGAAUUAGGCAGAAUCUUCAUGGUAUUGGUGGGCACUGCCUUACUAUGCAAGUUACCCAGGCUAUUCGGUCUGUUUUGAGGCCGUUGAAUGAAUCAUUGCAGUGAAAGGAGCUACUAACUCGGUCGGAAAUUUGAACAUUAUCAUGAUAUGAAGCGAUGCACUAAGAGCCAUGACUUCUUUCCUACUUUUAUACUUAGUUGACGACAUGAUGAGCAUUAUUAGUGUACUAGACCCGGCAUCAUGUAGUGCUAGUUAUCAACUCAAGCCUUGACAGGC